ACAAAAAAAAAAAAAUUCAAAUGAAUUUAGAAUUUGGUAAAUUCAAAAUUUUAUGUAUAAACAUUUUCCUAAUACUCCUUAAAGCUGCCCUAUUAAAUCCUUAUCAAUUGCAAGCAGAGCUUCAGGAAGUCGAUUUUAUACUGCAAAAUAAUUGCAAUUUAUGUCAUAGAUUUUUGGUGAUAUUUAUAUGUUUAUAUUUGGAACUAAAAUUUAUUAUGGGUUACAUUACUCUUGCAGCCAAUAUAAUAGCCAUAUUUCCCAUUUUAACAGCUCAAUUACCACAUCUUCUAUUACCCGCCUUAAUAGCUCAAACUAUAGAUCAUAUAGGUUUAAAUUUCUUUGAAAUCAUUUUGGGAUUUUGUACAACUAAAAUCAUAGCUAUCCACAAUAUGAGUGUAUUUGUUAUACUGGUAUUAAAUAAUUUAUUUAAAAUAUCAUUUGCCAUAACAGCCUUAAAUAUCUAUUCCGAUUAUUAUCAACAAUUGAAAUGUAUUCCCUUACAAUUGGUACAAUCAAAAUGUUGUAUUAUGUCCCAAGAAAAAUUCAUUAAACUUGAAACUUUACAAUAGCUUGCCAACUUACCGGUGCCACCUCAUUGACAUCUAUAAUUUGGAUAAUUAAUAAACCACUGCCUUGUUGUACCGUGGGUGCUGUACUAUCGGUUACCAAAACAUUAAUACGUAUGACCUGUUAUGUUAAACAAUAUUACAGCAUUUUUUUACACAUGUAUUUGUUGGCAAAUACUUACUGCAAAUAGAUUACGAUUGAGUUUUUUAUUGACCACUACUUUA